CCGCUGUGAUGCUGCAAGGAUGCCUGAGAAGAAUGAACAUGAACCAUUGUACGAACUUGAGAAUCAUAUGCAGUCUAUGAAUCAUACGAGCCAGAUCGAGGAGGAAGACGAUGGUGCAGGUGGAGAAUCCAUCGAUAAUCCUCACAUACGAUUCGAAGCUCACUCGCUCGAAGAUGGUGGCGUAGGGGGCAGCGUCGAUGUCAUGGACGGCGUCGAAGAGGUCCCUCAGGAUUCUACCUACAUCGGUGGUGCCGCCAAUUUCGUUAUACCGUCACGUGGGGAGGGUAUGGAUCAGCUGACUCUCUCCUUUCAGGGUGAAGUCUACGUGUUCGAUUCCGUUUCCCCAGAGAAGGUACAGGCGGUUCUGCUACUGCUGGGAGGGUAUGAAAUGCCUUCUGGCGUGUCUGGCUCAGGCAUGGCAUCCCCUCCGAAUCAGAAGAGUUUAGUUGAUUAUCCGCGACGCUCGACUCUUCCUCAGAGAGAGGCUUCUCUUCAUAGGUUCCGUGCAAAAAGAAAAGAGCGGAACUUUGAUAAGAAGAUUCGAUAUAAUGUUCGGAAAGAAGUUGCUCUCAGGAUGCAGCGUAAAAAGGGUCAAUUCACAUCAUCAAAGGUGAGUGCAGAUGACGCGGGAUCGGCUUCAAAUUGGAAUGGUACCGGACAAGAUGAUUCACAGCAAGAAACUUUAUGCACACACUGUAGCAUUAGUUCAAAGUCUACUCCAAUGAUGCGUCGUGGGCCAUCUGGCCCUAGGACUCUGUGCAAUGCAUGCGGGCUUAUGUGGGCAAACAAGGGAACUUUAAGAGAUCUUUCUAGGACGCCGAUAAUUGUGCAAGCAGCAUCUGUGGGAACUCGGGACACUUCAGCAAACCUGAUUGAGCAGGCUGAAGUUAAUGGCUCUGAUGUGGGAACCAGCAGCCAGGCACCACCGACAGAUGUUGCCGCUAAUUCCAAUGGCAAUAACUCUGCUGUAACAGCUGAACAUACAUUGAUGGCUGCAGCUGUUUGGAAUAGAAGGCUUCCUUCUAGCAGAGUAGUAGAAUAAUACAAGCAGCGUCAUUCUCACAAUGUAGUUAGAUCCCCUUGAUUAGGUGCUUCAUUUUUUUUCCCAUUCUUGGUUGAAC